UCCCUCCCUCUCCGCCUUCCUCCCCUCCCUCUAUGAAUGACUAAUACCAACAUGUUGUCAGGCUAAUGUGGCCGCGAGUACCUGGAGGGCUCGCCUCCCUUUCGGGUCUCCUUGGAGCGAGUUGGGGUCCUCUCCAAGCGCCGACGCCAAGCUCGGGCUGGUAGCUUCCUCCCCCCCCCACCCCACCGAAAGCACCCUGCACGGAGAAGGGGGGCUCGGCUUGCCAAGUCUGAUCUGGCUGGUGGAAUUUAAAGAACAUUCUCGCGAUGGAGGGGGAACAGCAGCAGGAGAUGGCUGCAGAACCAGCGCCUUCACCUGAGGCACAAGGAGAUGGGCCGAAGGAAGCUGUGGGCAUUGCGUCAAAUAUUUCUGAUGCCGAUGCGUUGAAAAUACUUUUGGAAAUGAAGAUGAAAAGAAGAAAGCAAAAGCCCAGCCUCCCAAGCACCGUGACGGAACUUUCCACUGAGGAGGGCUCCAAAGUAUAUGUUGUUGGCACUGCUCACUUCAGUGAUAGCAGCAAAAGAGAUGUAGUGAAGACAAUACAAGAAGUGCAGCCUGACGUUGUCGUGGUUGAGCUGUGCCAAUACAGAGUUUCUAUGUUAAAAAUGGAUGAAAAGACAUUGCUAAAGGAAGCCAAAGAAAUCAACCUGGAGAAACUUCAGCAAGCUAUAAAACAGAAUGGAGUCAUGUCUGGGUUGAUGCAAAUGCUGCUACUGAAAGUCUCUGCACAUAUCACAGAACAGCUGGGAAUGGCUCCCGGAGGAGAGUUCAGGGAGGCUUUCAAAGAGGCUAGUAAAGUACCUUUCUGCAAAUUUCAUCUUGGGGACAGGCCAAUCCCGGUGACCUUCAAGAGGGCCAUUGCUGCACUUUCUUUCUGGCAAAAGGUCAAGCUUGCUUGGGGCCUCUGCUUCCUUUCUGACCCAAUCAGUAAAGAUGAUGUGGAGAAGUGUAAACAAAAGGAUCUGCUGGAGCAAAUGAUGGCUGAGAUGAUUGGCGAGUUUCCUGAUCUUCAUCGGACAAUCGUCUCAGAAAGAGAUAUUUACUUGACUUACAUGUUGAAGCAAGCUGCAAAGCAAACAGAACUACCUCGUGCAUCUGAAGCUGAACCCAGAAGAUGCGUCCCGUCCAUUGUAGUUGGGGUGGUUGGAAUGGGCCACGUGCCUGGGAUCGAAAAGAACUGGAAUACAGACUUGAACAUCCAGGAAAUAAUGAGUGUGCCGCCUCCAUCAACCUCAAGUAAAAUCCUCAAGUUUGUUAUAAAGGCCACAGUAUUUGGACUAGUGGGCUACGGCUGCUAUAGGAUGGGACAAAGGACAGUUCGGUUUAUUCUCUCCAUGCCCGUUGCACAGAACUAUCUUCAGAAACUGGCAGAUGUCAAGCCUCAGCACUGAAUUGGAAGAAGAUUCUGCAAGUAGCUGGGGCAAGAUCUAACAUACGUAAAACUAGGUUGGAAAGGAGUGACUUGUCAAAUUUAACCAAAUUCUGUCCAGAGGUCUCAUUUGAUGCUGAGCCUGGAGCAUAACCAGUGGAUCAGUACUAAACGCCACACCAGCUGCGACCUAAGCAUUUGCCCACAAACCUGGUGAAAUGGGCAGCAUAAAAUGACAUGCCAGUAUAGGGUACCUAAAGUAUGUACACAUAUAUAUCAUACUAUUUAUGUGUAUAUAGUGCAUUUAUAAAGAUGGUGAUAUAAUGGAUCAACAACAUAGAAUCUAGUAUCCUUGGACACAAUUCACUGGAAACUUCCGUUAUGCAAGCACCUUUGAAACGAAUGAGACUGUACAAGGAUGCAACUGUUCAUUUAACUGAAGCUGGCACAGGAGAACUUGCUGGUGCAUUGUGUCCCACGAUCUGUUUUCUCCCCCAGAGGAACAGAACAAACCAUAGGCUAGUUGUGUUCCUAUUAGAAAGCACAGUGGCCCAUUAAGUAUGUGUGCGUUCGGUACAGGUAAAUAAAUACCAGGCUAUCCUUCCUGGUGCCAAGCACCUAUAAGAUGACUUACAAGGACCUCUUAUUACUGGAAAACUUUUAUACUUAGUGGCUUUUUUUAAAAGAAGACAAACUGCUAAAAAGCUUUUGAAAUAUCAGAAACGUGCUGGCUGCUAUCGAUGAAACCUCUACAUAUCUUUUACAAGCCUUACUUUUUUUAGAAGAAAAAGUUGCCUUCAGCAUUGUAUCCCGCCAAAACGGAUCACUUUAAAACCCCAAUGGAAAGCUCACAAGUUCCAUUCAAGAGUCCUUAUGUUUGGUUAGCCCAACCUGACGCCCUCCAGAUGUCUUUAAAUUCAGAAUCAUCUGGGGAAAGUCGGGGAAGGACAAGCAAGAUCGUGCUUUGUCGUUUGGAGGCUUUCCCAAGGUUUUCUCUGUCUCAAAUGAAGCAUUGCAAUAUGUCUUCUUUUCUCUCUCUCCUUAAGUUGUUGUUGGGUAACUUCCUAUGUUUACAAGACACACAGUUCCUCCUAGGUUAGAUUAAUGUCACUGAUAAUUAGUAAACCAAAUCCUUGUCAGGAUAAAUUUCACUACUGCAAAAUUAUUGAGACUCUUAUCCCUCCUACUAAUGACUUUUCACUUCUCCUUUUGGGGGAAAACAAAUCUGGAACUGUUGUGUAUGUUCGUAUUUACCCAUUUACCCUCCCUCGGAUGCCAUGUAAGCUAUUUAUCACAAUUCCAGUGGAAUGUAAUAAAAUGCUGAUUUAAAAGAAAAAAUCAGUGGAAUGUUGUUUUAACAGAUUUCAAUCAGUAUUUUUUGAAACUACCUAGGUUUUGUUUGUGUAGCUUUUAUGCGUCCUUUUCAACAAUUCUACUUUUUUAACAUACACAUUUUUUUAAAGAAACAUUUUGUCAUGUACGUUUUGUAGACAUUUAUAUGCCCUUAAGAUUGCCUUGGAGUGCAUAUUGCUUGUUGCCAUCUCAACAGAAUAUUAAUCGUAAAAAUGCGGUUGUUAAUCUAUCCCGUGGAAAGCCUUUUGCCUUUUAUGCAAUUGUCCAUUGGCUGGAGUAAAGACAAUUUCUGACUUCAGUCUUCCCUGCUCCCUCUUUUUUAGAGAAGGUGGCAUUUGAGGAGCAGAAACUAAACGCUGACAUAGUCCACAACCUGACUGCAUAUUUAGCAAAGCAAACGUUUCCAGAUUAAUACCAUUACAGCCUGUCUUUCAAAAUGCUCUUUUGCAAGUUUCCAUUCACUGGACAUAAUGCAGCACAGAUAAGUGCACUUAGGUCCAGUUGCGGGGAAGGGGAGAUAAACAGGAAAUAUGCACAAUUAGCUGGGUAAUGAUUGUGCCUGGGUUUAGUUCUUGCUUCUUACCAAAAGGAGGCUAUAGUCUUCUUCUUCUUUGGUAUUUUUGCUGAUGAUAUGAUGCUGGUGGGGAAUUCUACAUCUUUUGAUGAGACUUAUGAUGGAUUCCAAAGUUUUAUUUAACUAAAUUCAAGCGAUAGAUUUACAGGGCCUAACAGAUUGUAUUCCCCAACAUCACUGAAAACAAAUAUCCCUAAAUAAAAAUUGAUGCUGCUUUUUUUGUUUUUGCUUCAUGUAUUGCAAUUAAAUCUUGCAAAAAAAAUAUAAAUGGUGGUGCUUGCCUGUUAAUAGCACUUGAGACAAUUUGCUCUGGAACCGCAACAGUUAAGUAUAUUGAUACAAUUAAUUGGUUUGAGUUGGGAUACUCUUCCACACACCCUCCGUAGGCAAACCUCUUGAAUACCUUAUCCGCAAGAAAGUGGAAAUUUGUUAAAUGAUGGGAGGAAGGUGCACAGGUUGAUUUUUACAGGUACAGCUCAACACAAGAUGCAAGAGAGAAAGGUUUGUGUCAUUGGUCUUUGCCACUUAUACUGCUUUCCUGAUAACUGUUUGGAAGAAAAAGGAGUGAGCUGGAAAGUACCAUGUUAUAAGCAACUUUUCAACAAUUGAAAUGAUUAUUUUUAUUUUGAUGGUUUCUCCUUUACCUUUUAAAGGUUUCCAAUGAUAUUUUUUUUUGUUAGUUAUCAUACCUCUUGGGAAUAUGUUAGAUAAUCAGCUGAAUGAGCUAUUAAAUUACCUUUUACAUCUUACCAAAUAUGUUGGAUCUCUUUAUUGUGUUCCUCCAGUCCCAUUUUGUAGGUUAACUGUAUUAUGUUUACUUUAAAGUAUUCAUACUCAGGUAAAUUUCACAAGAGUUACAAAAAACAAGAUGAAUGGCAAGAGUCAGCCUUAAGCUUGAAUGGACUAAUGUUAAACAAUGGACUUGAGGCAUACUGUAUUCUAUGUAUUUCCAUAUGCCAAAAAGAGAGAAAUAGAAUAAAAGGUCUACCCGUCAGCUAGCACUUCAUAUUUACCAAUUCAGUGUGUGUGUGUUCUUUCAAGAGUGUAUGAAAUGAGAAUAUGCUAUUCCAUGUCCCAAAGACUUCUGCACAAUGCAACUGAAUGGGGCUACCAGUAUUUGAUACAUACUGAAUGCCUCUUAGUGCUUGACCUAACUGAAAAUGCCUGAUUUAAAUAUGCCCCAUGGAUGCUGAAUAAAGAUGAUUCAUAGAAUUUUUUUUUUACUUCCUGAAAAAUGCAAAACCAACUUGUAAUAAAAAGUGAAUUAUCAA